AUGAUUUUGGUCAAGGAUAUGGUCAAAACGAAAUUACCUAUUGAUGUAAAAACAACCUCGGGUGUUGUGAGAGGUCUGACACUACAGGUGCUCAACAAAACUGUUGACCAGUAUUUGAAUAUACCGUUUGCUGAGCCUCCCGUCGGUGAUCUGAGAUUUGCACCGCCCGUACCACUCAAACAACCCCUAAAGUUAAAUAUUAAAAUUAUGAUAUGA